UCUCUCUGUGAUCACAAUGGCUACAAGCUUUCCCCAUUCAUGAUGACAUCAUAUUCCUGUGACAGACAAGGACCAAUCAAAACGCCAGACUGUUAUGCGGUUGCAUCCCAAAAACCGGGCCUGGGUCAUACCUCACAUGCGGGGCAGACACAGUCAUGGAUGACCUUUAUGAAGAGCUGCUUGCAACAGUAGAACAGGAAGCAUCAGAAAGAUAUGAUCAACAAACUAGUAUUUUACAGCCUGGGUUUCCCCUACCUCUACCACCAAAAUUACAGUUGCCCCACAGUAGGAGAGGAAGGAAAGAGUCAGGCUUUCACAAGACUGAAAGAAUAUGCCUGAGACAAAUCCUUAAGGCUCUUUUCCAGCACCAGUGGCAGAAAGCUUCCGCCCUGAUGACAAACUACUUCCAAAACAUAGAGGAGACAAGCUAUAGGAGGCAGAGGUCGUCGUGUGAGAGGUUUUGGAGACUAGGAACAGAAAUUCUUCGGCAUCACCCCAGAUCCAAGAUUGAUGAUUUCAAUUCUUUUUUGGACAGAAUGAAAAACAUAGGAGUCAAGAAUUACUUGAAGAUCUGCUUGGAGCAUUCCUUUCACCUGUUGUCAAACGGUAUGCUUGAAGAUGCUAACAGACAGUUGUCUUUAGCAGAAAGCUGGAGAUGCAAGGAUACAUGUGCUACCCAGCAGCAAAUGAUUCAGGGUUACCGUGGCUUGCUGGAUUACUAUACUUGGGUUCAAAAGAGAGAUGCUCUUACAGAAACUGAAAAGUAUGAUUAUACAGCUGCAACUGCAAAACAAGACAUGCAGAGCUAUUUCCGACAGGCAUCUGUAAACCUUAGUGCAAUAAUAAAACAGCCUGGAGUCUGGGAUCCUUUUGUACUCAGUUAUGUUAAUUUGCUAGAGUUCUAUGAUGACCAUGAUGCUGCACUUCAGAUGCUCAAUGACUAUGCAUAUGACAACAAAUUCCCUCCAAAUCCAAACGCCCAUGUGUAUUUGUACCAGUUCUUAAAAAGGCAUCAGGCGCCCUGGAGGAAGUUGGUGAAAGUACUUAGGAUUUUACAGCUGUUAGUCCCGAGUCAUGAACUGAUGCUGGAGUUCUGUUCACUUCUUGCUGUUCCAGACAAGAGAAAGUAUCAUCAUGAAGCACUGAAAGUUCUGUUCAGUCUGUUGGAUUACUCAAGCUGGAAAGAUAAUCCUGAUGUGUGGAACUCUUUAGAGAAAACAAUUCAACUAGUCUUCAAAGUGGGUGCUUCUGCCUGGAUUAAAGAGGAGUGGGCCUCCAGAAAAGACUGGUGGCCAGCAUUCCAUUUCAGUGCUUAUCAAGCAAAGAAAAGUCUUGCAGAAAAUGCACCUGUAGCUUACAGCAAAGCUUUUGUGGCUGGUCUUUUGCUUGGAAAAGAGUGCAAAUAUUUCAAAACCAUUUACAAAGGAGGACGCAAAAAAAGACCAGAGAUGUUAAAGGAAAUGAAGAAAUACAUAACAAACCACAAUCUUGCAGAGUAGUGUGUUGGUAUUACUGUACAGUUUGCUGUGGACUUUAUUUUUAUUUUUUUUGUGUGCUACAAUCUAAACCCUUUUGAAACCUUUAAGAAUGUUAACUUUUUUUUUUCCAGAAUUAGAAACAGAUUUGAUUAAGACCCCAGCUGGUGGGCCUAGACCAAUAAAUGCCAGGAUGCACUCUGAGGUUUAUUUAAUUGACGUUUCAUUCCACACGUGCUGGUUAAAGAAAAGGGAUAAUCGAUCAUUUGUGAUCUGGUGAAGUGUGUUUUUUUUUAACUUGAUGUAUACUUUUCAUUGUGAGACUGUUCAAAGUAUAAAUUGAUUUUUAUGAAAAAAAAAUAUUUAAAUUUUCUUUUACUUUUCAUUUCAGUUGUGUUAAAAAAAAAGUUACCAGCUUGUACCUUACACAGAUUGAACUUAAGUGGUUGGAUUUCAAAAAGUAGACUCUGCCCUCUGUAGUAUCUUAUAACCAAAGAAGGAUGCAAUGAACUUCUAAAAUGUAUUGGUGGUUUCUGAAGGGUAUUUGUACUGAUUGAAUAAACACGUUUAAGUUGUCAUUAAACAUAAUUACAUUGUUUCCCUAUGCUUCAUACCAAAAUCAUGGCAUGGGCCAUGAAUUAAUCGUGGAUUACCUUGUUAUAUAUAUAUAGACGCAGUAAUGCAUAAAGUGGUAGUAAGUAAACCUGCAAAACCCUUCAAUGUUUUACAAAGCUGCUUCUGUUUUAUACUGUCCCUUGUUGUGGUACAGUACACACAAGUAGCUUUACACAACAGUGACUUAAAAAUGACAUUCAUUACACCUGUGGAGCAAAAGUAAGCAGGUUUUAAAAUUGCUUGUUGGGCAACCCAUUGUAUAAUGGCUAUCUGAUGUAUUUUUUAAAUUAAGCAUGUUCAUUUUCAUAUUCUACAUUGUUAGUGUUUUUUCAGUUCUAUUAUCUAGAAUGCAUGAUGCCAUUUAAUAAAGACCCAGAACCACAAGA